AUGUUCUGCAGCACAUUCGCAUUCCUCGUCUCCCUUGCGGCAGCUCUCCAAAUCGAACCUCUCAAAGAUGCCCACACUCAGGGAGUUGUGAGGGUAGCAUGGAUCGGCGAGGCUGAUGAUGCAAGCCGAUUCGCCGCUUUCUCUGUUUUCCUCCACCAUCCGUCUUUCAGCUCCGACUUCGCCAUCCUCAACAACCAGCGCUCCGCAGACGGUGGCGCCAACGUCACGCUUCCCGCCGUUCCUGUUCAAUCUGGCUACACCCUCCGCGCAACAGACAUAGGCAACAUCAACAACGAAUUUGCGGCCUCCUCCUCAUUCUCCAUCGGCCCUGAAGUAUCCACCAGCUCCCCGAUCCCCUCGUCCACUUCUUCCCCAGCCGUCACGGCCUCAGGCAGCGGAACGAUCCUCUCCGUGCCCUCGAUGUCCGCGUUCGGUAUGACUGUGUCUUCCGCGACGGCCUCGUCGCGUCUAGGCACCUCCGGCGCGUCGAGUGCGGGAGGGGCGGGGAGCGGGACGAAUACGGCGGCGCAGGGGGGCGCUACGAACUUUAAUGCUAACGGAGUUACGGGUGCUGGGGUUGGCGCGUGGGGGCUGGGGGCUGCGGUUGUGGGCUUGGGGUGGGCCCUUGGGCCAUACUAG